AUGUUUGCCCAUUUGGUUACUGUAGCCAAGGGUCUAUUUACGCGACAGGAGCCCGAAGAAGCUCACCCAGGUUCUGCUGGUGCCUCCGCCGCGACUAAUCCCACGAUGGUGACGGCGACAAGACAACGGGUUGUCGCGCCCGAGUCUGCGAAAGAUCACACCAACGCCGUGACGACAAACGCGAAACGCAAGAUCCAAUCCACCAGCACAGCCAAGACCGAUGGCCAGCAGACCAAGCGGAGAAAGAGAAGUAGCCUGGAAGCUGCCGAGACCACCGAGGGUGAUGUUGCACACGAUACCUCGCCAAAGACCGAGCACAAAUCAUCUGCACCUCCGGCGAAAAGUAAUCAUUUCCGAUUUGAUAGCGAAGAGCCUAUGCUACCCGAGGAGACACACCCCGAGGAAAUUUCGCAAACGCCAAAUCAUGCCGAGGAUGAGGACGACGACGAUAGCGAUGACGCACCGGAGGCGAUCGAUAAUUCUGCCCAAUUAUUGAAGAUGAAAGAGCAGGCCAAGAAGCAAGAGCGAGCACAACAACGGGAAGAGGAAGUCAAGAAAGAGAAGCGGCGAAAAAUGGAUGAGCGUCGGAAGUUACAAGCCAAAUCAAGUAUGAAACACAAAGAGACUGCAGUCCCCGAUGAUUUGCUCUCCGAGAGCACGGCCACCCUACAGGGAUCAACUACGCAGGAUGUACGACGACGAGCUCUUCCGGCCCUGCUUCCAGAUGAGAUCUUGAAUGCAGAACCUAUUGCACGGCCCCCGACACCACCCGUUGAGGAUGCGGUUAUCAAGGCAAAGAAGUCAAAUAAGCUGAGGUUUCUGGACAAAACGGACAAGGUGCCCAAGGAUGUUCAAGUUGGGGAUGUUUCAAUUCGGGUUCUGGACACGCCGUCUUCAAAAAAGAAGACUAAGACCACCUUGCCUCCCAAGGCAUCAAAGGCCGGUCGGAAUGCCAAGGACAGUUGGCUCAAGAGAGACCGUAGCACCGCACAAGUCAAUGGGCUUCGGAGGACAACAGGUGGGCCAUCUGGGUUUGUGCGCCGGUGA